AUGGCUGUUGACACAACAGGGGGCCGCGUCAGGCGCAAGUCUCUGGUUUCCUGCGACUUCUUUGAGAAGGUUUAUGCAGCUACUGAUGACCAGAGGCGCGAUCUUCUCAUACGGGAGGUGGACUUCUCUAGCAUGCCUAAGUCUGGCGCUCAGCGCAUCUUGGCCGCCUAUUCUCUGCUUUCCAAGCUCUCAAGCCCUGGCCUGGUUGGGUGCACCAUUGUCAAGACUACUCCCAGCUCGCUUGUUGCAGAGCUUGAUAUCACGGGCGCCACUACUCUUGCGUCCUAUAUCCGCCACAGGACUGUCUUGGGUGACCGUCUUCCAGAAGAGCAGAUUUUACGCAUCACUUACCAAAUUGCCGCCGUUCUUUCCUUCCUCAGCUCCGGUCUGAUCUCCAUCGGAAACGCUCCCGUACGCUUGGCCUGCCUCUCUCUUAGCCCACAGACUAUUUACAUCCAUGGCGGGUCCACUAUCAUGCUUGGCGACUUCUCCUCAUCGUCAAUCCACGGCUCACGCAUCAGUGGUCCCCUUCCCCCUGAGCGUUGCUAUCUUUCCCCUGAAGUUUGGGCAGAUCGCAUCUCUAGCCCAUGCGUUGACAUGUGGUCGUUGGGAUGUAUCGUUUACGAGCUCUGCACAGGAGUGCCGCCCCCGCUGCUCUCUGUAGAGAGUGCUGGCCUCAACGCUGCGAUCAAGCAAUACACGGCCUCCAUUCUGGCGGACAUCAGCAAAACCCCCUACAGCAAGGGGAUCAGCGCUCUUGUGGAAGGCCUCCUCGCCCCAGCCUCUGCCCGUCUUUCAGCCAGCGCGGUGAUGGAGCAUGAAGCCAUGCGUGCCAUCCACCAAAGCAAAGAAUACGCGCAUCUAUCUCAUAGAAGCCCUCUUCAACUCCCAAACUCUGGCGCGUUGGCGUCUACUUAUUCAUCUCCAGUUCCUGUUCUUUUGUGUAUGCGGCAGACGACCGCGCCCACCACUUCAGCUACCUCCUCGCAGAAGAUAAGCGUCAAGAUUUCCGCACCAUCCUCGAGGGCCCCGUCUGAGCUGCAGUCACCCAAGAAGACUAGGCACGCUGCCAGGAGCGUUCCUCCUCGUGAUAGCCCUGUGAAGUCUUCGCAGGCACUGUCAAAUUGGGGCUAUGGGAAGGCCCUCUCUAAUCUCAUGCAGGCUGCGAAGCGUGGUGACUGCGAUGCUGCGCGCGCCCAUCUGCAAGACAUCAGGCGGACCUCGACGACAGGUACCACCGCGCUGAUGAUCGCAGCCUUCAAGGGCCAUCUUCCGGUUGUUACGCUUUUGCUGAACCACGAGAAGGGAAUGCGGGAUGCACGAGGACGGAAUGCGCUCCAAUACGCGGUUCGUGCGGGGCAGCCAGAGUGUGUCAAGGCACUGCUCGAGGCCGAGUUCGACGAGCUCGACGUGGGUAUGCUGCACGCGGCGAUGCAGGCCAGCGGGGCUCCGGCCGUCGUCGCGCUGAUCCAGGCGGCGUGCCGGAGGAAGUAA